AUGGAGCUAGGAGACGCCCAAGAGACACCGCAGCAGCUGCAGCACAUACUGCAGCAGCAGCAGCAGCAGCAGCAGCAACAGCAGCAGCAGCAGCAGCAGCAACAGGAGAUAGAACGCGUUGCUGAAUUGAGUAGAUGUCUCCUUGAGGAGACACCGCAGCAGCUGCAGCACAUACUGCAGCAGCAGCAGCAGCAGCAGCAGCAGCAGCAGCAACAGCAGCAGCAGCAGCAGCAGCAGGAGAUAGAACGCGUUGCUGAAUUGAGUAGGAUUAGGGAUUGGGUGGAAGACCUCAAGAAACAGUGGACACACUCAGUACUGCGAGCCCAGCUGGAGAGCACGCGUGCGUCAGUGUUGGGGGGCCGCGGCAGCAGCAAAGCUGCUGAUGCUGUCUCCUAUCACGAGGAGUGUCUGCGCCGCAUGCAGCUGCUGCUGCAUGCACCAGAACUUCGUUUGCUGCUGGCUGCAGCAGAUGUGCUGCAGCAGGAGACAGCAGCAGCAACGGGGCUCAGCCCCACAGACCUCCGCGCUGUACUUACACACAUAAACACAGAUGCUGCUCAAGCAGCAGCAGCAGCUGCUGCUGCUGCUGCUGCUGCUCCUGCUGCUGCUGCUGCAGCAACGGAAAAGACAGCAGCAGAAGAAACUGCAAAUGCAGCAGCUGCAGCUGCAGCAGCAGCAAAAAAUCCUGCUGCUGCUGCUGCUGAUGGUAAUGAUAAUGAUGAGAAUAAAACACUAACAAAUUCAACAGCAAGCAGCAGCAGCAGCAGCAACUCUUCUGAGGAACAGCAGCAGCAGCAGCAGCAGCAGCAACAGCAGCAGCAGCAGCAUAAGCUGCAGCACCCGGAUGAGAAGCAGCAGCAGGACAAGCAGCAGACGAAGCAGCAGCAGGAGACCCCACAGACCUCCGCGCUGUACUCACACACAUAA